GAACUUGUAACCGAACAAGCGGUACGCCACCUGAAGUACUACACGAACCUGUUCUCCGCCUUCAGCCAAUCAGCCCGCGCGGAACUGAACCUUCUGCUGAAAGUACAAGACUACUGUUAUUCCAACAUGACAUUCAUGAAGGCGUUCCAAAAGAUAAUAAUGUUGUUUUACAAGACGGAUGUUAUCUCAGAACAAUCCAUUUUGAAAUGGUACAAACAGGAUUACAACGUUAAGGGUAAAAUGAUGUUCGUCGAACAGAUGAGNAGGAAGAAAGUGAUUCUGAUGGUGAAAGUGAUUAG